CCAACAAUAAGAAGCACAGGCAGCACAGCGACGCCAUUAGUUGGAGUAACCGGAAACGGAAGUGUGUUUCUCACAACGCCAGAAGUUUGGUAACGCACCAAAGGCUAUAAUUUUUUGCCGGCUUACGACUGGUUACUCUAUCGUGUUUUGAUUGAAUUAGACUCAAAUUUAUAGAAAAAAGAAAAACAAAAUGACGAAGGAGAAGCGAAGAAGAAGGGAGUCUCCGGAGCGGCAGCCCGAAGUGAAGAUAAAGCAGGAGAAACUGAGCCCCACUAGGCCACACAGAUCACGAAGUCCACCGGGGAGACGAGCUAGCAGGUCACCUGCGAGGUCGAGGGACCGCUCACCUGGUAGAAGGGAGACUUCUCCAGCGAGACGAAGCAGCAGAUCUCCUAGAAACAGAAGAAGCCGGAGCCCGUAUCGUGGCAGUGAUGUCAGAAUAAAGCGGGAGAGGGAUGAGCGAGCAGCGAGUGGUGAUGAGCGAAGGCGGAGGAACGAGCAGCCGGAGGACAGGCGGAGCAGAUGGGAGACGGACAGGCCGAGGGACCGAGACCGCGGUGGAGAGCGGCACCACGAACGGAACGCACUCGAGUCUCAGCAAGCCGAACGGCGACAGCACGAUGCCAGGCGCAGAGAGAACCGCCAGAGGCGCGAAGAAAACCAAGAACACGAUUUUGGCCAACCGGAAGAAGGGGACAACAGCGCCGGCGGCCCUCCCGCCGAUAAAGAAAAGCCCAAUUUUGAAUUGUCAGGAGCGCUGACGGAAGACACCAACACGUUCCGAGGAGUGGUGAUCAAGUACAACGAACCGCCUGAGGCUCGCAUCCCGAAGCGCAGGUGGAGACUGUACCCCUUUAAGAACGACGAGCCCCUCCCCGUCAUGUACGUCCACAGACAGAGCGCCUAUUUGUUGGGACGUCAAAGAAAAAUUGCCGAUAUUCCCAUUGACCAUCCAUCGUGCUCCAAGCAGCACGCCGUGUUCCAAUACAGACUGGUGCAGUACACGCGAGCGGACGGCACCACCGGCCGCAGAGUUCGGCCGUACAUCAUCGACCUGGCGUCUGGUAACGGCACCUACCUGAACAACCAACGCAUCGAGCCGCAGCGCUACUACGAGCUCAAAGAGAAGGAUGUCCUCAAGUUUGGCUUCAGCAGCCGCGAAUACGUCCUGCUGCACGAGUUCUCCGACACGAGUGAAGUGGAGGCCCAGCAGGGGGAGGAGGAGGAGGAGGAUGAAGGUGUUGAUGCUGAUGCUGAUCCUAAUGCUGAUGCUGAUGCGUGAUUCACUAACAUGUCUAAAUUCUUUUGGUUUGAAGAUCAAGAAUGUUAACAACAGAAAAAUGUUUUUCGGCAGGGAAAAUAUAAAAAAAAAAAAGAAUAUGAUUGGCUUAUUUUGUAAAUAUGGUUGUGAUUGACUUGUUGCUUCGACCUGCCAAAACUGUCUCAAAGUAGACCUCCGACUCUCAGGUUUGUGAGAUGCAUGACGCAGCUUACUUCAACACUGCUAACUUUACAAAAUCUCACUUUCAGAUCGAAAUUUACUCUUAUAUUUUUGGAACAAACCACAACAUUGUUUCCUGUCUGUACCCCCUCAUUGCUUUAUGAUAGAUGAUUGAACAUUUAUUUUUUUGUCUGCUUUGUUAGUCAACAUUAAAAAUGUUGCUUUUGCGAUGUAGUUCAGGGAAAUUGAUUGUCCUAUUUUCUUCUUUUUAGCCACAAUGCAGUGUAUCUUUGUAAACUCUCAGUUUCUGUCAAUUCAGAUUUCAUUUUUUUACUGUAAAUAUUAAAAUCAGAAUUAUUCCAACA